CAUGCGAUCAGCUGUGAUUGGACACAGCUGAUCACAUGACCAAGCCGACAUCUUCGGCUCUUUCCGUGGAUCGGUGAUCCGCUGUGUCCGAGGGAUACAGUGCACCACCGAUCGCCGCGCACUGAUCAUCAGUGCCCUGAUGACCAGUGUAGCCUCAUCAGUGCCACCUGUGAGUGUCCAUCAAUGCCACCUGCCAGUGCCAAUGAGUGCCACAUAUCAAUGCCUACCAGUGCACAUCAAUGCCACAUAUCAGUGCCCAUCUGAGCUGCCUUUCAGUAUCAACUAUCAG